CGAGAUGGUCACAAACUGGUGAGUGCUUCCACGGAUAACAUCGUGUCACAGUGGGAUGUGCUCUCUGGAGACUGCGACCAGAGGUUUCGAUUUCCUUCACCUAUCUUGAAAGUUCAGUACCACCCCCGAGACCAAAACAGGGUUUUGGUGUGUCCCAUGAAGUCAGCGCCGGUGAUGCUGACGCUGUCAGACUCCAAACACGUUGUCCUGCCGGUGGAUGAUGAUUCUGAUCUCAACGUUGUGGCCUCCUUUGACAGGCGAGGGGAAUACAUUUACACAGGCAAUGCCAAGGGGAAGAUCUUGGUCUUAAAAACAGACACUCAGGAUCUCGUUGCUUCCUUCAGAGUGACAACUGGAACCAGCAACACCACAGCUAUUAAAUCGAUUGAAUUUGCUCGGAAAGGAAGCUGCUUCUUGAUAAACACAGCUGACCGGAUAAUCAGGGUGUACGAUGGCCGUGAGAUUCUCACCUGUGGGCGUGAUGGGGAGCCUGAACCCAUGCAGAAGCUGCAGGAUUUAGUGAACAGGACACCGUGGAAGAAGUGCUGUUUCUCCGGUGACGGUGAAUAUAUAGUGGCCGGGUCAGCACGGCAGCAUGCCCUGUACAUCUGGGAGAAGAGCAUUGGAAACCUGGUGAAAAUCCUGCAUGGGACCAGAGGGGAGCUGCUCUUGGAUGUAGCAUGGCAUCCUGUCCGACCCAUCAUCGCUUCUAUUUCGAGUGGUGUUGUCUCAAUAUGGGCUCAGAAUCAAGUGGAAAACUGGAGUGCCUUUGCACCUGACUUCAAAGAGCUGGAUGAAAAUGUGGAAUAUGAAGAGAGAGAGUCAGAGUUUGACAUUGAGGAUGAAGAUAAGAGUGAACCAGAGCAGACAGGUGCUGAUGCUGCAGAAGAUGAAGAAGUGGAUGUCACGAGUGUGGAUCCCAUUGCUGCCUUCUGUAGCAGUGAUGAGGAACUGGAGGACUCCAAAGCUCUGCUUUACUUACCCAUUGCUCCUGAAGUUGAAGAUCCAGAAGAAAACCCCUAUGGGCCUCCACCAGAUGCGGUUCAGAGCUCUUUAGCCGAUGAGGGAAUAGGCUCUGAGAAGAAGAGACAGUGCUCCUCUGAUGGACCCCAGGCACCAAAGAAGAAGCCCAAAACCACCAACAUUGAACUACAAGGAGUACCUAAUGAUGAAGUCCAUCCGCUGCUGGGUGUGAAGGGAGAUGGUAAAUCCAAGAAGAAGCAAGCAGGCAGGCCUAAAGGAUCAAAAGGUAAAGACAAAGAUUCUCCAUUUAAACCGAAACUCUACAAAGGGGACAGAGGUGCUUUACCUCUGGAAGGAGCAGCGAAGGGUAAAGUGCAGGCGGAGCUGGGACAGCCGUUAACAGCAGGUGGUGCAAUCUCAGAAUUGUUAUGAAGACACUCCUUUAGCUUCCUGUAUUCUUUCCUCUGUUGGCACCAUAAUGUGGAAACUAGAUGAAAUGCUCAGUCAGAGUGGACUGACUAAUACAGCAGACUGAUUG